GAAACUUGGGUUCGAGGAGGGAGCGCCCCGCCCUCCAGCUCCAUAAAACCAGAGCGCGUGUUUGCAGGACGCGCACAGGAAACAGGACGGCUGGAGUGCACGUCGCUGUACAUGAAGUUCUCCUGGAGCUGAACUCUUCACGGAUUAAACUGGCUGCUUCGUGUUCUGACGGCAGCAAAACGAGCCAUGGAUUUUCUCAACCACAACUAUCUGAGCGCGCGCAGUCCAUACGACUACACGUUUAAUUUCUGGAACGACUAUCUGGGGCUGACGACUUUGGUUACGAAGAACAAUAAGCUGAGCAUGCCCCAGAAUCCCAACUCCAUCACCGAGUCGCUCAAGGCGACUCUGGGUUUGGACGAUUCCCCGGCGUGCCCGUGCGUAAUUGCGAGCGGCGUCGGAGAGAGCGGACACAUGGACUGCUGCUGCCCGCCCGGGAGCCCCCCGCCGCCCUCCAUCCUGGACUUGAAGGAGCGUUUCUCCAUCCUCAGCCCGUUCCAAAGCCAGCUGCCCGAGCGGGACGUGGGCUUCGGCGGGAGCUUCGCGGGCUUCGAUCUCUUUGGCAUGGAGCGGAAGAUGCGCAAACCCGCGUCCAGGUGCAAACAGGAGCCCAAAAUCUGCGUGUUCUGCCGAAAUAACGGCGCGCCCGAGGAGGUGUUCGGCUCCCACGUCCUGAAAACCCCGGACGGCAGGGUCGUGUGUCCGAUUCUGAGGGCCUACACCUGCCCCCUGUGCAGUGCCAACGGGGACAAUGCCCACACCAUCAAAUACUGUCCACUGUCUAAAGAGCAGCCGUGCCAGCGGCCAUUAAAGGGGGGGAGGGCUGUGGGCGGUAAGAGGAUGAAAAUAUUUUAAAUAACUUGAGACCAUAAAGUAAACUGAAUUGCACUGAACAAUUUCCAGAUGACUGUUUUAUGUUGGCUUCAUAAACAUACUGAUGAUUUGAUCGUUUCCUUCUAUAAGAUUUCUUAUAUUUUUAUAGUUCUUUUAUCCUCAUAGAAUAACUUUAUGCUUUAUACUUUGGAUCUUCUGUCAUUAUAGUUUGUAGUCAUUUGAGAGUGUGCAUAUGAAUACACAUUUGUUUGAAUAAUCAAAAGGUGUGAAUACAUUUUAUUCAAAGUAUUUUGCUCAUGUAGGGGGAUUACACUGACACGGUCACAGGGGAUGAAUGUCGUAGCUUAUUUCUGCCAAGUAUUUUUGUACAGCGAGCUAAUCCCCCUGCUAAUUUCUUUCAUGUCUUAGAAAACCAAAGUUAUGUUUGCCAUUAAAGAAGCUUGAGAAUGUGUCAUUAAUGACUCCGACUGGAGGAACUCUGAUCUCAUCUCCCUGAAACAACUCACAUUUUCUGAGUUGCUCUAAAAGUUGCUCAAUCUGAGUGGAGGAAACGUGAAUUGAUGCCAAACAUUUGUUUUGAUAAAUGGCAAAGUUUGACGUCACAAACAAUCAAAAACAAGAAGAAGCUACUUUUUUUAUGUUUACAUUCCCAGAAGAGGGUGACACACUGGAUCUUUUAGUUUCUCCCUGUCAGGUCUUGAUCAUGUUCCUUUGUUUGGGUUUGUCCUGACUGUUCCCUGGAGAGGCUCAUGGGCAGGUCUGCUCUGCUAAAUGAGCUGGACUGAGGCCUGUUUACCUUGCAGGGGUGAAAAAUAGCAAAUGAAUGUCAGUAAACAAUAAUUCUAUUAUUUCUUACCUGAAGAAUCCCAAAAAAAGAUGCAAACAUGUUGUGAAUGUAUGAUUGAACGUGUCACUUGCAGGAUGACAGUUUUGUUUACCAAAGGAGUACAACUGUGGAAGACAAAUGAAAGAUUUGCUGUAUUGUAAAAAAUAAUAAUAAAACACGUUUUUUCCAGUAUUUUAACAUUACAAGUGACUUCAGAGGGUACUACCUCAACGGGAUUUUGUACUUACAUGUAAAAUGUUAACAGCAGUUUAUUGAUAUAGUGCUGCCAUUUAUAAUAAGGGUUUUGAUAGUAUUUUUGAUCUUUGUAUAACAUAAUUUUAUUUUCUUUUUUGUGCAUUUAACAUAAUGGAAGUGAGUUUCCAGAAGCUAUAAGCAUAGUUCACCCACGGGUGACUGUGUGUAAAUAAUGAAUAUGCCCACACUUUUUAAAGAUUAGAUGUCCAAUAUUGCAUUGAGAGUGUAAGAGAGUGGAUAUUGAAGAAAAAAAUGCCACUUUUAACAGAUUUUGAUUAAAUGACUUAAAAAAAAACACUGUUGAACUUUGUUAUUUAUAUUUUACAAUAUUUGACUGUAUGCUGCUGUGCAGAAUAACAUGAAUUCACUAGAGAAAUAAAAUUGUAUCGACUAUUUGAAA